UUCAGUAGUGUAUAAGAUAUAUUUCAGUAGUGUAAUGAUAUAAGAGUAUCGAAUAAGUUUGUUUUCCAACUAUGAGGAAUUUUACUCUGGUUUUAUAUAUAUUUAUAAGUAUUUUAUUUAGGGAAAGUUCAAGUUUUAUGGAUUACAUUUGGCCAAAGUCGGAAUCCACAUCAUAUGAGGACACUGACAUAAAAUUGAGAAAUAUUCCAUUUGAACUUAAUGAAAAUGAUGAAAAGUUUUUGCAGCACGCUAAUGAAAUAAUGGGAUUAAAAACAUCUGAUUUAGAUAAAUGUUAUAAUAGGGUCAUAUUUAUUUUAAAAAAAUCUUGCCAUGAUUUAAAUAGUGAAGAGUUAGGAAAACUGGCUGUAUUGCUGUUAAAUUGCCAAUCAGCUAUCGAAGGAAGAGAAUUAUAUCCCUGCACCGAGAAUAUGUCACUAAAGGAUUGCACUUCUGAUAUGAAUCCAGAUACUUGGAAUGCCUACCAUCUGAUCACAAAUCGUGCUAAAGCUGUUUGUUAUCGUAUUCGACAAGAACAGUUUCAAGGACUAACAGAAAUUACAGUUAAUAAACUUAUGAACACAGCUCAAAUUCAAAUAAACAUGAUGAAUGAUAUAUCGGAAAAUCAGAAGCGCUUGGACGAUCAAACACAAAGAGCUUUGAAAACUAUUCAGAUACGGAACAUGGAGUUGAUGGAACAACAAAGAUUUCUUGCUCAGGGCCAAGCCGAGAUCAGAUCCGCCGUUGAUGGUAACAUAAGAACCCUGUUGAAUGAAAAAGCUUUAAUGAAAAUAGGACGAGCGAAAAUUACUGUAAUAAUGGAAAAAUUAUUGAAACAAAUUGAAUGGGCAUCAGAUCAACUGGAUACACACACACAACAAAGAUCUAAAGAUCACCAUGAAAUGCUUAACGAUUUACGUGAAGUACAUAAAAGUGUUGCAGAUAUUUCGUCAAAAAUAGAACAGUCGUCUUUAUAUCUGUCUGAACAGCAUGCCAAUGCAUUGGAAAAAUAUCACAGAACAAUAGAGCAGCUGAAGCACAUCAGUUCAACGAUCAACUUUCUGGACACUAUGUUGAAUAACACUCGAUCUGAAAUUGAUAGAAAACUCAGUAUACUGAAUAGUUUAUUCCUUGGAACUGGUCGACUCGCGAUACUGAAAACAAUGGAAAAAUAUGCGACAUGUACAAUAAAAAGUUUAAACGAUAAAAUUGCUGAAGGCAACACAUUGAAAUCAAACAAGGUAGAAGAUAUUGUCGACAGAUCUGGUAUUGAAAAUAAUUUUACAGCUUACUAUGCUUUAAAGGAUUCUCAUAGGGAGCUUUCAAAGGAAACUAAUUCAUUUUACGAAUUUGAUCAUUUAAAUUCAUUGCCAGAUUAUACACCUCCAGUUUCUAGAGCCGAGACUUCAAACUCAGGAUGUAAAAGAUUAACGCCAAGUGUAUCUGAUUUGAAUCGAACAUUAUGUGAAGCAAUAACUCGAAAAGGAAGUCUUUGCAAAAAUCCAGCUAUGCAUGGGAGGAUGUCAUGUGUACGCCAUCGAACUGAACAUCAAUCAGAGUUGAAGAGGGAAGAUUAUUGAGAAGUUUAAAGGUUGGCGUUUGUGAUAAUAUUAUUUAUUUUCUGACAAUUUGUUUGUAAAAGUUAUAUGAUUCUUCUU